GAGAUGAAGCAGUGAAUGACAUGGAGAACGUGUACAGGGAACAACCCUUUGUGGUUUCCCAUAACGUGAGAAUGACGGGCCCACUAUGAAAAUGAGCAGCAUCCUUAAAGAAAAGGAAGUGCUUUUUCUCGUAGCACAUAAUUCAGUAACAGAACUCAUUGCCAUGGUAUAUAGUGGGGCCAAAAGUACAAACAUGUGCCAAAAGAGUUUAGCCAAUUAAUGUAGGAUAUAGUCUCAAUAAAUAUGUGAGUUUGGGUACAACGUCUGCCUUGAAUCGCCGCUUUGCAUAAAUCGGAAGAACCUACCAGAGAAAGUUUAUUUUAUGCAUUCUGUAUUUUCUUGGUAACCUAAUCCCCAAUUAUUAGCUGCUCUCAGAAAUAGGAUAUGGGCCACUUACAUGGAUAAUUGGUCACAGAAUCAGUUUUGGAUGCAUAACUUUAUUUUUCCUCCCCUGCCUCCCAGAUCUUCAUUGAAAGAACAAGUAAUAACAAACACUUGAACACUAUCAAUAUCCGACAUAUUGCUAAUUCAAUUCGAACUCAUGGAACAGGAAUCAUGAACACAACAGUAAACUUCACUUACCAAUUUUUGAGGAAAAAGUUUUAUAUUUUUAGCCAGUUCAUGUAUGAUGAACAUAUCAAAUCCAGACUUAUCAAAGACAUCAGAUUCUUCAGGGAAGUCAAGGAUCAAAACGAUCACAAGUAUCCAUUUGAAAGAGCAGAUAAAUUCAACCGUGGCAUCAGAAAACUUGGAAUAACCCCGGAUGGCCAGAGUUACCUUGACCAGUUCAGACAACUCAUAAGCCAAAUUGGCAACGCUAUGGGUUAUGUACGAAUGAUAAGAUCUGGUGGACUUCACUGCUGUAGUAGUGCAAUUAGGUUUGUUCCUGAUCUGGAAGAUAUCGUUAACUUUGAAGAGCUGGUGAAAAAAGAAGGACUUUCAGAAGAAACACAAAAAGCAGCAAGGCAGUUGGACUCUGUCCUCAGUGACCUCACGCGUAACUUUGCAGAAGGAACGGAGUACUUCAAAAUGCUCGUGGAUGUAUUUGCUCCUGAAUUCCGCAGUCCAAAGAACAUGCAUUUGCGGAACUUCUAUAUCAUUGUUCCCCCACUGACCCUCAAUUUUGUAGAGCAUUCAAUCAGUUGCAAGGAGAAAUUGAAUAAGAAGAACAAAAGUGGAGCAGCUUUCACUGAUGAUGGAUUUGCGAUGGGUGUGGCUUACAUUCUGAAGCUUUUGGAUCAGUACCAGGAGUUUGAUUCUCUGCACUGGUUCCAGUCUGUUAGAGAGAAGUAUGUGAAGGAAAUAAGAGCAGUAGCGAAGCAACAGAAUGUGCAGUCCACUAAUCAAGAUGAAAAACUACUACAAACUAUGAACCUUACCCACAAGCGACUGGAAGUUUGUUUACAGGAAUUUGAACUCCUUUAUUUCUCACUAAGUAGUGCAAGAAUAUUUUUCAGAGCAGAUAAAACUGCAGCAGAAGAAAACCAGGAAAAGAAAGAAAAAGAAGAAGAAUCCGUUAAAGCAAGCAACGGAGAUCUUUCCAACUCUACGCCUGCCGAUCCGGUUGUGAAAUGAUGGUCUGAUUUGCAUCUGCAGAAGUAAGGAAAUCCAGAGCCAAGACAGAACCACAAUCAGCUCUUCCUUUUAUGACCAGGCACUGUGUGAUGGGUGUCUGUAACUAUUAAGUGAUCUUACACUUCAUGACUAUGUUGUGCCUAACUGCAAGUUUCAGCCUCAAUUCCGCGUUUCCUAGCCUUGGUAGGUCUGUUGUACCGUCUGUGUUGUUCAUACAGUCUUACAUGCCUGACUAUUAACAAUAAUUGCACUGCAGGCUUCAGAAGCUGCUGAACACUGUGAGAACUGUAUAAAUGGAACAUCUGUUACUGCCUGCAAGUAGAGGUUCUAGACUGUGCAAGAGUUACUCAGAUUCCUAACUUAAGUAGCUAGACUGAGCUUAAAUGUAAGCACCACCUCCAUUAAAAGAUACAGUUGUGUUUUAAUCUCCCAGGACAUAAAACACAUGCUAAGUCUUACUAACUAGAAUAAACUAGCCCAGUCAGUCCAACUGAGAAUUACUCUUUUGGGGUUGUUGGGGUUUUUGUUGGCACUCCCAACUGUAUUUUUAGACCAUACUUGCCAGUUUCAUUCAUCUCUUCUAAUCACAGAAGAGGCAAUUUUUAAUGGUUCAAAUUGUUCCACCACCCUUUGGUCACUGGUUAAGGCAAUUCCUGACGUACAUCUGCUUUGCCCUUUCCUGCUGGUCACUUCCACAUUCAGAAAGCUAGGACAAAUUUUUUUGUUGCAACCGGACAGACCAGAGUGACAUGGAAGUCCUUUCAUUGGUUCUGAAAACGUGACACAGAAGCUUCACAGACUGUGUAAAUCAGCUGGGCUUACUAAAGUUUUUAUUUUUAAUUCAUUGUAACUGCAGAGACUGCCCUAAAGAAUGCUGCAUUACUUGAUUUGUAUUUUUGAUUUAUUUUUUUUUUUUGAUACAGGGUUGGUUUUUUUUUUUUCUGUAAUUUGUGUACGCUUUCUUUUUUGACCAAAUUGUGCCCACACUGGACACUCAGUAGUGCUGCCGAGAUCAGCAUCCUUGCUGCUGCUGCUGAUUUCCAUAACCUUGCAAUUGCAGUGUACGUAUUCCCGUAUUCCUCUCUCAUCUGGAGCCACCUAAGUUCUUGGCUUGGAAUGGCCAAGCACUACAUUUCCUUCUUCCACGGCAACUGCAGCAUCGCCUGUAGGUGGUGGUCGUUUCCCCCAGUAUGGAGCUGCCAGGCAGCUACCUACAGUCCAGACUCAUAAAACCUGCACUUGUGUCUUCCCUUCUCCCCUUUUUUUCUUUUUUUUUUUUUUGGAAGGAUGCCAUCUCGGGUAGGUAACACUUUGCAGUUGAAUGUAAACUGAAUGAACUGUGCAUUUUCUUAAUGUAUGGUGGUUAACAGUCACGUGGUUCUAGCAAUGAUGGAAGUUUUCCAGGAAAGACACAAGCCUAUUUUUGACAGAACCCUGUUUAAUCUGGGAGACCUGAAUGUAUACUGUAUGUGGCAAAACCACAUAUAUACACACACAUAUGUACAGUGAUAAUAGAGCUGUUCUUGCUAACGCAGGAUUGUAGUUUGUAUUGCCUUCUUUCUUUUUAUCACGUAGCAGCAUACACCCACAGAAAGCUUUUCUCACCUGAAAUACAAGGUGGGUCCUGGAUUUGGAUGUCACCCACUCCUGUGAGUCAGUGACAGUCACAUCAAAUCCUUCUUUUUUUUUUUUUUUUUUUUUUUUUUUUUUUUCCUUCCCCCCAAACAAGGAUCUGAGAGGGGUGCAAAAAUCUUGCUUUGGUGCUACUACUGUUUUCAUUGCUUUUGCCUUCCUCUGCUGAUAAUAGGAACAAAAUGGAGAGGAGAGGAUGGAGCCAAAACAAAAAAAAAAAAAAUCCCCCAAACUAAACCGAGUGUGCUCCCUCAGAAUUCCCAGAGGAGAUAAAAGGAAAGCGAGGAUGAUGAGCUUGCUGCAGGGACAUAAAACGCAUCUGUAGGGUUUUUUUCCUUCACGUCAUGGGCAGGAUGGGCUGAGGGCGUCUCUCUCCCGGAGAGGGCAGCUGCUGCCACUGCCCUCGCCUGCGGGGUCUCGCAGCAAGGCUGCUGCGUGCACACGUGGUAGCAGCAGCUCUUCAGAGGCCUCGCGCCCUGCUGCUGGUGGGGUGCUGUGCCCUCGUGUGCCAGCAGCCGCGGGGCUGCCUUGCCCUUCCGCCCCACGGAGGGGGCAGAGCACAGCCCUGGCCCAACUCGCGCUCAGCCCCAGGGUCGAAAGGUGUUUGCACUGAGCGGAGGUAGGCGAUGGCCGCGACGGCGCCCGGCUGGCGUCGGCUUCAGUGGCAGGUGAGCUGCUGCAGGGCAGAGGCUGGAGGUCCUCAUGCGGUCUGUAAUCAGAAACACAUUUGAGUUUUCAUCUGAUGUCCAUUGACAACAGCUGUUUUCAGCUUCUCAGGUACAAAGGACCAAAUGUAACACUUAAUGUUUCCUAGCGCGUUGUACAAAAGGGUGUUCUGUUACCUCAGUCUCUUUGGUUUGUGAGUGGAGAACAUUAUGUACAUAAAACUGUUAAUAAAUGUCAUUUUGAGAAUCUCAUUCUUUUAGUGUCUUCAGUAACAUCAGCUUCAGUAGGUCUUAAC